GAUUCGCGAUGAGGUCUGAAGCAUCUGAAACGGAACAUCCGACUUCGCGGGGGAGUGGGGCUUUUAUUUUGAAAUUACCUAAUGCCUUCAUGCAGUACCUCAUCAGUCUUCAAGCGCUGUUCGCAGUUCAGCCUGGUGUUGUUGCACAUUUUCAACAUGAGAGAGAAAUUAACGGGCAUCUGGGCUUGCAGUGAUCCUCAGCUGUGCUGGUUACUGCAAUGAAUGGUAACACUAUCCAUCAGGCACCGCCGACGACUUCCGCUGUGCACACCUGUGGCUGGAGGGAGUUCUGCGAGUUGCAUGCCAGCGCCACGGCCCGGGAGCUCGCCAAGCACUACCGGCGCUUCGCCAGCGAGUGUCCGGAGCAGGAUGUGGUCCCGCCGGACAGCUUCUCGCGGCAGUUCAGCGACGUCUUCCAGCAGCACUUCUGCCUCGAGGUCGCCAAGCAGAGCCCCGCGUCGUCGUCGCCGCAGAGCCCCGGGCCGCCGGCAGUCCCGCCGUCGCCGCCCCGGCUGUCGGCCAUGACGGGCCGCCUCCGCAUCACCUCCUUCUCGGGCGCGCUGGACUACCGGGAGGCGGGGCGGCCCGGCGUCGGCGGCGGCGUGGGCGGGGUCGGGGUCGGGCCGGGGGGCCUGCUGGCGGUGCGGAGCCCCAAGCCGGAGCCGGAGUCGCUGGGCGUGGCGCUGCAGCUGGAGCAGCCGCUGAGCCGCUCGUGCGCGCCGGCCGACACUACCGGCGCCACCACCACCACGGCCGCCCGGCCCCCGCGCCGCCACAGCCUCGGCCAGGAUCCGGCGUCGGCGUCGGAGCGCCGGGCCGCCUCCGAACGGUACACCCCGCCCCCGCGGCACGCCGCCCACGGCCCCGCCUCGGACGUCACGCACUUUUCCAGCCAGCUGCGCCAGAGCGUGCGGCGGAUCUUCAAGAAGCGGCCGCAGCCGGCGCCGGACGAAUCCGCCGUCACUCUCCCCUCUUCCUCCUCCUCCGAGGGCGGCUCGGGGGACGCUUCGAACAGACCGGCGGGCGUCUCUCCGAUGCCCGCCGAUGGCCCCCUGGCGCCUCCGGCCGCGCACAACCUCACGCUGCAGGCGGCCCCCUCGGCGGCGAGCACCACACACACCUCGACCUCGACCUCGACGACGUUCCUGUGGGGGCUGGCCAGCAAGCUGCGGGGGCCCAGCGUGCGGAAGCGGGCCGAGGUCAGGAGCACGUGCAAAGAGGGGCAGCUGAGGUACCUGCUGGUGAACGACACUAUCUCGGACUCGCAGCCGCGCUGGCAGCGCUGCCGCCUGCUGGUGAGGAGGACCAACGAGCGCCCCGCUCCGGAGAGAUACCAGCUGGAACUCUACGACCCUCCCAAGGGCUCGAGUCCCAAGCUGACAGCCCGUUGCUCAGAUAUCCUGGAGGUUCGGCGCUGCAAUCGUCUGGAGAUGCCUGACAACAUCAACACGUUUGUUUUAAAGGUUAAUCACUAUCCAGGCAGUCUCAUAUUCGAGACCGAAAAUGACCAGCAGGUCAGCUCCUGGACUACAGAACUGAAAGAAUGUAUCAACAACAGGUCCGACGGUGUGGAUUUGCAGCUGCUAUCUCCCUCUUUGGGAGACUCCAGUACAGGAAUCAGAAGAGAGAGCUCAGAGUCGACCAGCCAGGGCUCACCAUCCUUCUCGCCUCCAGAGCGCGUGUACCAUAAGACGCAUCACUUCCUGUCGUCGUACCCCUGGUUCCACGGGCCCAUCUCGCGGGUGAAGGCGGCCCACCUGGUGCAGAGCUCGGGGCUGGAAGGCCACGGCGUGUUCCUGGUGCGCCAGAGCGAGACGCGGCGCGGGGACUACGUCCUCACCUUCAACUACCAGAGCAAGGCCAAGCACCUGCGGCUGUCGCUGACGGAGUGGGGUCAGUGUCGCGUGCAGCACCUGCGCUUCCCCUCGGUCAUGGACAUGCUCAGUCACUUCCGCCUCUACCCCAUCCCCCUGGAGUGCGGGGCGGCCUGCGACGUCACGCUGUCCAGCUACGUGGUGGCCAGCGCCACCUCAGCAGGUCAGAACUCCCCGGCGGUGCUGGUGCCCUUCUCCCUGCACCGCUGGAGCUCGGAGCCCAGCCUGGCGCUGUGCACGCCCCCCAGCCGCUCGUGCCUCUCCCCCUCGGCCCACUCCCUCUCCCCCACGUCCGGCCCGGCUCCGUCGGGGUCGCCCCCCCACCAGCACCAGCCCCAGCACCAGCACCACCAGAACCCCUCGCUCCCGCAGCGGCCCCCGGCGCUCCCCGACCGGCCGGCCCCUCCACCCCUCCGCCGGAGCGAGUCGGUGGGCCGGCGGCCGAUGCUGCAGCGCCACCCCAACCCCCUGCCCCCCCUGCUGCCCCAGCGGGACUCGGACUACGAACUGGAGCCCCCGAGCAGGAGCCACAAGCGGGCCAUCGACAACCAGUACAUGUUCCUUUGAUGGAAAGGUGUCCGCGGCACGUCGAGUUCUUUCUCACGCCCCCCACCGCAGUUAUCAAAGCCACACCAUCUACACCUAGCACGAGUAGAGUGGAGUUGAAAGACAGAAGGUGGGGGUGUUGCGGUGGUGGCGAAAAAAGGGCAAGACGCGUUGCCCCUUGGCACCCUUAACAGGAUGUCUCUGGUGAGGCGUCAACACACAGCACCACAGACUUAGGGGGAUGCAAGGGACCCCGUCAGCGGUCAGUUCCCCUCCCAACUGACAGGGGGAGCUACUGAGCCCGGAGCGGGCUACACGAGACUCGAGCAGCGCGCAACACUGUUGUGGCGUAGGCUCUGUUGACACACAAAAGUAGGUGCACACCAUUGGUGUGUGUGUGCGUGUGUGUGUGUGUGUGCGUGCGUGUGUGUGUGUGUGUGUUUGCGUGCAUACGUGUGUGCCGCGUGUGUAUGCCGUGUUUGAGUGAGCGAUUGGCAGACUUGACUCAGGAUUCCACCUGCGUCUCAUAUUGACAUUUGCGUGUCCUCCAUGAAUGUAUUUCUGUUUUUUCCCCUAUUGCAGUCGAUCUUUGCCUAUGCUAUAAUUUCACUGCAAAACAGCAAUGGAUGUGCUUGCAUUCUGAGGACGUGGAAAUACAGAGUGGGGCCUCGAAGCCUGACACCGAUGAGUCCCACAGUCUUCAAUAAUCCAACUCCUCUGACACACACACACACACACACACACACACACACACACACACACACACAAAAGCAUACCAAAGAAAACACAGAGGCAUACACUGUGUUUUUAAAGUGUUAUUUGAAAUAAGUUAACGCAAUAACAAAAUAUGUCCUUAGUAUGGUUCACUUCAGGGAUUAUUCGUCUGCAAAUGAUUAUUGCAAGAUGGCACAAAUCACAGCAAUAAGCAUUAAUAACCAAACAAGCAGGAACAGUAAAUGGGCCUGUAGCGCCACCUAGAGGUGUUCUUGUGCUUCCCAAUUUCAGGCUUUCCAGGGAAAUCAAAACCUGUCAGCUUUGAACAAUGAAAAACCAAUUGAUGUAUAUUUGAAAUAUUUAGAUGGUUUACAUGUUAGAAUAUUGAACAAAUGCCAUUGCAUUUGAAUCCGUUUCAUUUAAAAGGUCCACACAGGCCCCAUGCUGAUGUGGUCUCGACAUCUGUUAGCCUUUGUUGGAAUCCAGACUCCAUAGUUCAUGUAAGCUACUGUUUUGGUUUACAAUUAUUGUUGAUUUAAACAUUCUCCUUUCGUAUAGCCUAACCAAAAUGUUGCUUCAGUGUUCAAGCACUAGUUCUCCUCCAUUCUCAUAUUAACAGUAAAUGUCUGUCUGUCGCUUAACACUAACAUAGCUGAGAAAUGUACAAAAAAAAAAUCCAUACCCAUCACAGCCAAAAAAAUAUUGUGCCAAUGUCAAAGUAUUGUUAAAAUGUUUCUGUUUUAAAUAUCAGAACGUUUCGAAUGAAUAGUUCACACAGACCAGCACAGUUAAUGCCUUAACAAUAUUGACUUAUUAUUGGUUGGGCCCAUCCAGUAGGAAGAAAGCCAACGUGCCUCGCCACGUUUCACUUCACUCCAUCUGGUGUUAUGAGGGCCACUUUAACCCAUGGAUUUUUUCCCUGCACAUUGAUCUUCUGCCAUAGUUGGCUCCAAAUCUGAUUAAGCUGUUGUAGAUCAAAUACCUUAAGCAGAAUGCUUUUUAUUGACUCUUAAAUCUGCCAUAAUAAACUACACCCACACACACCCACACUGCCAAAAGCACGCAAGUGGCAUUCCUCCCCAUCUCUUGCUGUUAAGAGAGCUUGUGCCUUGUGCACACCAAAAAAAAAAUGCAACGGUAGUCUUUGUGACCCCUGCCACUCCUACAAGCUUAAAUAUAGAUUUGCUCUUGCUACUUAAUUUUUUUUUUUUUUUUUUUUAAAUGUUUAAGCAUUGUGUGGUAAAUUAUCUUGGAACUUUUGCACCAUUGCCACACCAGCACUGCACUGCCGUGUACAAGCACAGCCAAAAGAGAGGUGCACUUAAGACUCCUCUGUUCAGACCGCGUGUGGCGCGCCUUUUGCCCCUGUCCCUACUAGGACUAGCAUGUUGUGUGACUCACUCGCAAAGCCCCAGUCUAUUUUUUUACAUUAACAUGUGUUUGCAGCUGUUGCAGAAAUAGAAAUGCAAACUGUACCUGUGUAUUACUACCUCGUUCAUAAAUUUUCCAGAUUGCUCGGCACCAUAGACCCACACUCUGAAGUGGGUGAACUGGUGAAUCAGCAUUCAUCGCAUUCGUAUAUAUAUUUUUUUUUUUUCUUUUUUUUUUUUUUGACACAAAGGAUCCGUUGCAAUGUUGGAACGCUGCACUUAAGAACCCACUCUUAUAUGUGUUUGGCAGCAUUAGCAUCCCAGCACACACUGCAAUAGACCCAGAAUGUCUCUUCUAUCAAAAACAAAACACUUAUUUUUAGCCUGAAAGAAAAAGAAAAAAGUCCAUUGGUCAUGGUGUUUUUAUGAAGAGAAUUUGUACAGAGAACAGUGACCCAUCACCUCCACAGUGUCUUAUUACUGACGUUAAUGUCUAGGAACAGAUUCACUUCAGUAUUCAUUACUGAUUGCUUCUGCGGAGCUGUCUUGUCACCUUGUCAAAGAAGUGUUCCUUGGUGGAGUUCUACUCUCUCUCUCCAGGUCUGAAAGCCAGCCUCCCUGAAAGGUCAAACACAUUGAAUGUAUACCUUCUCUAUACUGUUGAUUCUAGAAGACCACUGUAAAAUCCUCUUGUCCUGCUCACCCUCUUGCAGAGCCCCUGAAGGGUCACGGUGGGAAAUUUGUAUUUAAGGGUGGAAUUUAUUUUUUUGAGCAACUUUUGUGUGUGGUCUUUUGCAUUCCUUCGCAAUAGAUUUGCGUUCCCUUGCAAUAGUGUUGUGUUCCGUCAGUUUGGCAUUCCCUUGCUAUACUUUGACUUUGUGUGAGGGAACGCAAGACUAUUGAGAGGGAGCUCCAUUAGAACUCAAAAAAACCUAUUCCCUCCUUCAUGAGAAUAAAUUCAUGUCCCUUUGGGGCCUCUGUACCCUCUUAGCUUAUUUAACCAGAACACAUCUUCCUGUUAAACCUAUUAGUUAUAUUUCAACCUUUCACGUAGUUCUAUGCAUUUAAAUUAUACCAACUGUAUAUUUGUGCUUCAUUUUUUAUGAUUUUUUAAAAAAUAAAUGUUAUUGCUAAAACUGAAA